UCUCUCUCUCUCUCUCUCUCUCUUUCCUCUCCUAAUAUCCACCGGCAACUGCACUGAAAUGCUCGCUCACCAUGCCCGUGGAUCCCUUCACUUGACUAAUUAGCCUUGAAGUACUGUUGAAGAUCAUCAUAUUUAGCUUAGCGGCAGAGUGCAGACAGAUAUAGUGUAGGCUGGCUGGAGGCUGGGUGCUUGGCAGUGGACAAGCUUUCCUUCUCUCUCUAUUCACACUCAGUGGCGAGCGGUGGAAGCGAGGGCUGGUUUUGCUUUGAAAGAGACGAAAAGGCGAAAAGAGAAAGGAGCGGAGCCGAGACCACAACGCAACUACAGAAUGGGAGUCCUCUGCAGGAGCAAAUCCUCCUAAAGACUUGGAGGAGUAUUGGUCACAUAUAAGCAGAAGCAAACACAUAUUUAAGAUGAUUGACAGUCAGUUGUCAGCUCAAAGAAGGGCGAUGAGGAGCCUUCCCGAUGACAGCGGCCUGCUGAAGACCAGCACCUACAUCGUGCCCUGCUUCCUGUUUGUGGAGCUGGUCAUCAUGGCAGGGACUGUGCUGUUGGCGUACUACUUUGAGUACACGGACACGUUCCCCGUGCACAUCCAGGGCUUCUUCUGUUUCGACAAAGCCUACUCCAAGCCGUUCCCGGGACCAGAGGACAACAGCAAGGCACCGCCUGUCCUCGUCUACUCCCUUGUCACCGCCAUCCCCACUGUGACGAUUCUGAUCGGGGAAGUGACCAGUUUCUUUGUGAAGACAGAGGGAGCUCAGGAGAAGACCAUAGUGACCGCUGAUUGCUGUUACUUCAACCCUCUCCUCCGAAGGAUCGUACGUUUUCUGGGUGUCUACUCCUUCGGCCUCUUCACCACCACCAUCUUUGCCAAUGCAGGCCAAGUGGUGACAGGAAACCAGACCCCUCACUUCCUGUCUGCCUGCAAGCCAAACUACACAGCUCUGGGCUGCCAGUCUCCGCUGCAUUACAUCGCAGAGCGCAGAGCCUGCACAGGAAACCCUUACUUGGUUGCAUCUGCCCGCAAAUCCUUCCCCUCUAAAGACGCAGCGCUCAGCUUUUACUCAGCCAUCUAUACAGUGAUGUAUGUGACCCUGGUGUUCCGGACCAAAGGGACCCGUCUGACUAAGCCCACCCUGUGCCUGGUGCUGCUGUCCCUGGCUGUGCUGGUGGGGGUGGUGAGGGUGACUGAACACAGAAACCACUGGAACGAUGUCCUGGCUGGGUUUGUCACCGGAGGGGCCAUCGCUGCCUUCCUGGUGUCAUGUGUGAUCAACAAUUUCGAGCAAACCCAAAUAUCGAUGCCGAGUCCUCCACCACAUCAGCGUCCAGAGCCCCCGAUCAGCAUUCCUCUUCUCAGCCUGCCCCGCGUGGAGAGUCCACUCGAAAAGUUAAGUGGCCUCCAGGCUCCAGGGCUACCGUAUUCUGAGAUCACAUGACCAUCAGCCAAUCCCGUCCCCAACCCCUCCCGAUGUGCUCCUCCCGUCUCGACGUUGCCUCACCAGCGCAGUCUAGACCUACCCACUGAAUGCCCCCCUCCCUGCCCUGCCCACCCCGAAGGACGACAUCCUCUCAGACGAGUCAAAUCUACGCAGGUCUGAAGGUCCACCAAUCACAGGAGGCAGAACAGUGACACAUGCACAUGGCUGAAACCUGUCAUCCGCUAAGGACCAAUCGUUGACAGAUCCAUGUCCUUCUGUCCAGUUUGUCCUGUUUGUCCUCCACAAUGGCCUCCUAUUUCUUUCAGGUGUUGAAGACCCAAUGAAAGAAUCACCAAAGCCAGAGCUGUUGAAGCAAUACUGUGUUCUAACUCCUUGUCCUGGUUUCCACAAAGGCCCGACAGUGACUCUAAAGACUGUUGGCUGGUGAUGACUUGAUAAAUCAAAUAAAAAACUGACGGUUUGGGGAUAGAAGAAAAGUCCAAUCACCGCUGGAUCGCCCUCAUCAGUCUACUUUGCAACGCUCAGGACAAUACAGUGGAAAACAGGACAAAAAAUAAAUAAAAAAGACCUUGAUGGAAUCAAAAUGCAGGUACUGUUGAGUAUUAUGGUAUAGAUUUUUAUUUCUGUCCUCAAAAAUAACAAAAGACGCAAUUAAAGAGGAAAGCACCUUUGUAAAUUAUGGCACAGUUGAACCAAUUUAGUGUUCAGUAAACUGUGUUGUAUCUUAUUUGUUAUAGGGGGAUUUAGGUUUGAUCUCUUGCUGUAUAUUGUGUGAAGUGACAGAAGAGAGAUUUAUACACACUAGAGCUGUGCUUGUGAUACCACAUCAGUUAUUUCAUCCCUGAAGUGAACUGGACUAGAUCAACUCUCCAAAUUUCUUUUAUCUACUUACUCUUCAGGCGUGUGCUUCUAAAUGUCUGUAGGUUGUACGUUCAUGCUGCGAAAAAAAGUGGAAGGUUUUAUCAUUUGACUUUUUCUUUUGUGGGGUUCUUUGUUUGUGUAAUGCCGCAUUUCUAUUGCAUAUUACAGAAGGGCAUUACUCGACUAGACCCGCUUUUUUCCCCCCGCCUCGAUUGAGGAUCAAAGCAAACAAUGCAGACCACACAUUAGUCAGAGAGAAUGCUAAGCAUUGAGUUGCCUCUGAAAGGACUCGGCCAUAAAAUAACCUAAUACCACAUUUAACUCUAGCCAAGUCGAUCAGAGCAGUACCAAGCACUGGAAACACAGCAGUGCAUUUUGCAUAGAUGUCACACAUUGUUUUUCCUAUACCACCUUCAUAUGUGUAAUUUUUAUACCUUUUAAAUGACCAGUAUGUUAAUGGUAUUGUAUUUGCUUCCUUUACUUUUCAAAUGUAAUGUUUUUAAAAAUAUUUCAAAAUGAGUUGUUGAUGCUGCCAUUUAUCCAUCUGCACUGUCCAGUUAUUUCCUGCUUCAGUCCACCAUCCUUUCAUCACAAUUACUUUAGGAUACCAAUGGCACAGACCACUGUGUAAGACUUCUGAAUUUUGUAAAGUUUUGUACAGUAUAUAGGUUUCUUUACACAGUAUAUACUACUUUUUCAUUACGUUUGAAUUAUGUGAACAAUGUGAAACUAUCCGAGGCUGUCUUGUAGGAACGUGUGUAGUUGCCUGGCCAUAAGCAGGAAUGUAGCGUGAUGUAGAAGUGUGUAAGAUCUAGAACACUACAACUGGUGUGUUUGGCACAGGAGAACACUGCAGACAUGUUAUUCUAGUAGAAGAGUACGCAAAGAGCUAUAUAAAGAAGAAAUUGCUAUGGUCUCAUUAAGUGUGUGUGUGUGUGUGUGUGUGUGUGUGUGUGUGUGUGUGUGUGUGUGUGUGUGUGUGUGUGUGUGUGUGUGUGUGUGUGUGUGUGUGUGUGUGUGUGUGUGUGUGUGUGUGUGUGUGUGUGUGUGUGUGUGUGUGUGUGUGAUGUACGCCUGUUGAUUCGGAUUUCUGUGUAUGUUUAUAAUGAGCACAUUGUAUGGCAGCAUAGCUGUUAAUUUGGCAAUCUGUUUUCUAAAGUUAAACUGUCAAAAGUAGCUGCUAUAAUUACACACUGGUGGUCGUGUGUAACUGCGGGCCUUCAAAGGAUUCCUGCCAAGGCAUACUAACAAUGCCUGUUAUAGCAGAAGGUGCUCAUUAUAGCUCCGAGAUCACCUUCAUUGAAACUUUUCAGUCCGAAUUUUUUGUAUACAACGGAACAGAUAUAGAGAACACCAUAACUGUCGAACUAAUGUUAUUUUCAUGUUAGAAUGUCCAUGUUUUGUAUUUAUUUACCAAAAUAAAAUAUGAUU